GCGCUCGCGAGCUUCUAGUUGCUAGAAUAAGACAGACUGUAAGAAGGAAAAAAAGAGUGAGAAAGUGCACGCACGAGCAAGGAGAGACAAGAAGGUUGUACGGUUGGUAAAAAGGAGCAAGGAAGAAGGAGCGGGAAAAAAAAAGAGAAGAGUGACGAGUUUGCAUCGUAUUGCCCCCCAGGACACGCGAAAGAGCAAACGAGAGGAAAGAGAAAGAGGGAACGAGAAAGGGUGAAGCGACGAGAAGGAGAGAGAGAGGGAAAACGCGGAAUGAGAGAGCCCCUCGAACGUCGUGUCGUGGUCUAGCCAAAGAGACAAGAGACUGGUAGGAAGGUGCGUCGUCGUCGUCGUCGCAACGAGAGGAGAGGAAAGAAAGAAAGAGAGAGAGGAGAGAGAAGUAGCUGGACACACGGUGAAUCGUCGAGAGAACGGUCAACGCGCGUCCCUUAACCUUAAAAAAGUUGAAGAGUCAUUUCUGAGAAGACACACGGUCGUCGUCAUAGUCCGCCGAUCGGUCAUCGCAGUCAUCCUCGUCGGUUUGUACGAUCGAGCUGGCUCGAGAGACAUCCAUUGCUACCGGAAACACGCCAAGUCUGUGUACUACCGGUGUCGACUCGACGUGACAGAGAGUCGUUGUACCUCGAAGCGAGCGGGAAAUAGACAGCAGUUGCAGAGGAAAGGAAGAAAGGAGAAAACAAAAGACAGUAGAGCCAGGAACGCUUGGAAGAUCGUUCAAGAAGUUACGAUAAACCUCCUGUGUCCCUUUCGUUUUUUGGUGUGCAAGCGCGAAAAAUCAGGCCGAGUAUCACGCGAGAAAGACAAUCGUGUUCGUCGAGACGUUAAGAUAGUAGGAAAGGCAAAAAAAAGGCGACAAGAAAGACCCUGACGAAAGCGCGCUCUCGUGUUCGUUUCUUCCUGCGUGAUAACAGGAUUUUCAAGAUCGUCAUCGUUGUCGUAGUCGUCGUAGUCGUCGUCGUCGUCGUCGUCGCCGUCGUCGUCAUCGUCCGCAUCCCGUACGUGUAUUCGUCUCGUAUCGGGGAUAGUUGGGAUCCUGGACGUGUCGUAAACGUGCCGUGGUCGUGUCAUCGUCGAGUUCGUCCGCGACUUUCAUCGGUGUAUUUCACUUCGGGUCUCCUUGUGCGAAAUACUCGGUUAUCCAUCGUUAUCGCGACGUGAUCGUACAUCCUCGUUGGCGUGUUGUGGACAACAUCGUCAGCGAUCGCAUCGUUUAGCCGCGUGCCACUAGGCUGCAAAUUUUUCAAGCCACGUGACCGAGACGUAUCUCGGAAAAACCGCCACCAUAACGUCCAAGAGCGAACCAACCACCAUGUCGAAGCUCUACGUGGGCAAUCUACCGUCGGAUUGUAACGAGAGUGCCCUCCGGCAACUCUUUCAGGAUCAUAAUUUGUCGUGUACGACGAUCCUGGUGAAACGAGGCGGCUAUGCGUUCGUUGACUGUACCGAUCAAUCUGUAGCGGAUCGUGCAAUCGACAAACUUAACGGAUAUACCUAUCUCGGAUCAGUGCUUGUCGUGGAGCCAUCCGUAGCUAGUGGACCGAAGAAACGCGCUACCGGAUCCAAAGUUAUCGUAAACAACUUGCCAGCUCAGAUCAGAAUAGAAGAUAUAGAAGCCCUGUUCUCAAACUGCGGUCAAGUGCAGUCCGUGGAGAAAUUGUCCUCGCGCGAUCCUAAUUUACAAACCGUCCUCAUCAGCUAUGAGACGCAAGAACAAGCACAGCAGGCUGUGAACCAGUUAAAUGGUCACGAGUACGAGGGCAGCCCCUUAAAAGUGGAAAUGUCUACGGUGGAGAACCGACGUAGAGGCCGCAGCCAGCGCAGCGGCGUAGCUUAUUCCGGGGUUUCGGGCUCCGGACGGCAGGCAGACUUCCCGCUCCGUAUUCUUGUACAAUCAGAGAUGGUGGGAGCCAUAAUCGGUCGUCAGGGCUCUACUAUACGUCAGAUCACUCAGAUGACGCGCGCGCGAGUUGAUGUUCACCGUAAGGACAGCCUUGGUGCUGCCGAAAAAGCUAUUACCAUCUACGGUAACCCAGAGAAUUGUACGAAUGCUUGCAAGAAAAUUAUGGAGGUCACGCAGCAAGAGGCUUACGGUUUAAGUAAAGGCGAGAUCUCAUUGAGGAUUCUUGCACACAACAAUUUGAUUGGACGAAUUAUCGGAAAAGGUGGUACCACCAUUAAGAAAAUUAUGCAGGAUACAGAUACGAAGAUCACCGUAAGCAGUAUCAAUGACAUCAACAAUUUCAAUCUCGAGCGCAUUAUCACGGUCAAAGGCAGCAUCGAUAACAUGAGCAAAGCUGAAUCUAUGAUUUCCAGCAAAUUACGCCAAAGCUAUGAAAAUGAUUUGCAAGCAAUGGCUCCUCAAAGCUUGAUGUUUCCUGGUUUACAUCCAAUGGCUAUGAUGUCCACUGCUGGUAUGGGAUACAGCUCACGUGGUCCCGGUUUGUAUGGCUCUGGACCAGCCCCAUAUCCUUAUCAAGCCACUUUGCCUACACAGCAAGGUAUUCCAGUAGGAGAUACGCAAGAAACUGCGUUCCUCUACAUUCCGAAUACGAGUGUAGGGGCCAUCAUAGGAAGCAAGGGUUCACACAUUAGAAACAUUAUCAGAUUCUCUGGCGCCAGUGUGAAAAUCGCGCCAAUUGAGCAGGACAAGCCUGUAGAACAACAAAAUGACAGAAAAGUAACUAUCGUCGGAUCACCAGAAUCACAGUGGAAAGCUCAAUACUUAAUUUUCGAGAAAAUGCGCGAGGAAGGAUUCGUGGGCGGCACCGAGGACGUCCGAUUGACAAUCGAGAUUCUCGUACCAAGUACUCAAGUUGGCCGAAUCAUUGGCAAAGGUGGACAAAACGUUCGAGAAUUGCAACGUGUAACCGGAAGUAUCAUAAAGUUAUCGGAACAACAAUCCACAUCUCCUUCUGCCGAUGAAGAAGCAACCGUCCAAAUAAUUGGCCCUUUCUUCUCUGUUCAGUCGGCACAGAGAAGAAUUCGCGCUAUGGUUUUACAAUCAUCUGGUGCACCUGGAGCAGGUGUCGCAGGCUCACGCGCUGGUCGUGGUAGCAGCCAAGAAGGUGGUUCUCGUACUCGAAGAGAUGGCAGUGCCACGUCCCAACAAGGUGGCACAGCGUCGCAACACUCGGCUCAACAACAAUCGAGUACUUCGCCUUCUAAUCAACAGCAAUCACAAAAUCAGUAACGUCACUGAAACUUACAUGACGCCGACCAACGCCUCAGAGAAUCCGUUUGAAUCGCCGGGGUGGCCUUCGUCGCUUUGACAUUCUCUCGUAAAAGGCUACGUGCGACCUCCUUCUCGCGGGCUAUGUAUCCUUCGAUGUACAUAAUACGAACGGUACUUCGCGAAAGUUAUCGUUUCAAAAUAUCACGUACUCGUACUCGUACUCGUACACACACGCACACACACACUCACACUCACACUCACACACACACCCACAAUGCAAUAGGAUUGGAUAAUAUUUAAAAUCGUCUAUAGGUUUGAUCCGAAACGGUAAGAUGUGACAUGAUCGAUGGCUGUUCUUGUCUUGUUUCCUCCCCCAGCCAGCUCCCUUUUAUACCGUAGUUCGUCUUGUACGCGAAUUCAUUUGUCGUAAGUACAUUUCGUCGCGAGUCUCCGAGAGCGCAAUAAAUAUAGAGCGUUUUAUUUUUUAGACAGAUUUUUGCAACAGAACGAAUGGUAAAUUAUGUUAUUGUUGACCGAUUGCCAUCGAUCGUGACACUCGGCCUACGUCGUGUUCAACGACGAGCCUCGUGGCUCAGGAUACACAGCUCUGUGAAAUGAAAGCGAUGCAGAGCACCGCAUUGAAUCGGACGGAAGUGUGCACGUUAGCCAACGAAUACGCAUCAUGCGAGACGAAGUGAGACGAAAAAUUUGCUUCCUGCCCAUUCGAAGCGGGGAUGAUAAGUUAUAAUCGAUUCGUCCGUCGAAGAGAUAUACAGAUUGUUCGCUCACUUCUUCUACGCGCGUUACAAUACGUUUCGUUGCGAGUUUGCUUAAUUCAGAAGUUGAAGCGACGAGUGGCACUCGAACGAAUCGGUUACGCAACGUUAACGAAACCACCUCGUCGAUGAAAUAGGAUACGAUGAUAAGAAAAAAAACAUACACAACCUUAUUACCUCAUUCAUUACCGUUAAAGAUUUAAUAUGAUAAUGAAAAGUGAAACGAGAGAAAGGAUAAAAACCAACUAAUCUAAAAAAAGAAGUCUACAUAAUAUUAAAGUUAUAAUAAUAUACAGAGAAGUUAAGUAACAAUUACACAAUUACGUUAUACAUGUUACUACUACAACUACUAUUAUUACUAGUACUAUUACUACUGCUAUUAACUAUCUACUUACUUCUACUAAGUACUCUAUACAGGAAAGCGGUUUUUUUUUUUUUUUUUUUUUUUAAAGAAAAAAGAACUACUCUAGGUACAGUUUUUUUUUAUAUCACAACGCAGAGAGACAUUAAUUAACGAGACUUAAUUAUCGAAGAAAACGUGAACGAAACGUGACUCGUUCUACGGUUAGACGUAAGCCAGAAAGUUUUCAUGGCAAAUUCCCCUCAUGCCCGCCCCUCUCGCGCCUGUAAUACCAAAGAAGCGAUUACAAAUUUUUGCGAAUUAGUGAAGUGAAAAUGCGUGACAUGCGUAUGGCAUGUUGAACGCUCUACUCACCUCAAGUUCCUUGCAAGAGUCAAGAAGAGCAGCGGGAGGGGUCACAGACACAACGUAGACGGGUCGCGUCUGCUGGGAAUCGACGAGUGGUUAUUGGCGUCGAAAACAGCAAACGGAAGGAGAUAUCGACGAAAACAACAUCCUUCGUCGUCGAGUCGCUUUUUGCAAAAGUGAUCGGAAAGAAGAAACCGAGUCAACUACGAAGCAAAGACGCUCGGAAGAAAAGAGUAUAAACGAGAGGAUGAAUAUAAACCGAGGAAUUGUUCGACGUUGUACAUGGAACGGACGUUGUUUCGUGCUACGAGAAGGAUGUUCCGCAAAGAGAGGACGGGAGAAUGAAAAAGCGACUGUUGGUACGCACGAGAAAGCGAGAAACGUUUUUGAGGAGAGGAUAAAUGUAAGAAGUUUCAGAGACCCGCAGAAGAGCAAAAUGAUAAGAAGGUUGCUACUAACUAUGAAACUUUUUCAGGGAUUUUUAUUUUAUAAAUGAAUGUAAUAAUGUGUGAGUGUGCGUGUGUUGAAUACUACUAUUAAUUGAUAAGUAAUUAAUUACUGGUUAGGCUUAUAUGGCAGAGGAACAGAAGGAAGAUAGGAUAAUCAGGAGAAGAGAACCGUAGAAAGGAGAAAAGUGAAAAGUGCUGGAGGUGGAAGAGUGAUAUUCGACGAAAAAAUGCCACCGUAAUUAUGUAUUUGAUGUCGCUCUUCGCCUCGUGAUGCGAACGCACAUAUCGCCAGCGAGUUAUCCAAUAAACGAAGAUCGUACAUCUGCGAAUUUUUAUGAAAUUCCGGCUCUCAACGAUCUUUGUAAAUUCUGUAAUUAUUUCUCUUCUCUAUUUUGCUCUUGUUUUAAUUAUAUAUACACAUAUAUAUAUAUAUAUAUAUAUAUAUAUAUAUUGAAAAUUUAAUAAGCACGUUAAAAACUCGCAGCGAUAUUGCGUCUCCGGCACGGCGCGUACUAUCGAUCACGAUAAUUCUUACGAUUCUUUCUGCGACAAUUCAUCGUAUAUCAUCAGCGAAAGAAAAUACAAAAUUCGAGAAAAGUUCAAACAUUAAGUGUUUUUAACGUUGGAGAGACCGAUAGGUGAACGCGAUGGAAAGAUAACGUUUUCCAUUAACGAAGAAUAUUCGUGAUCGAUCGCGCGUAACUUCUAAGUCUUAAGUUUUGAUUUAUGAAAGCAGAAAUAGUAAAAAAGGCACGAGUCUAACAAGUUGAAGGAUACGAUGGUUCGCACAUGCAUCGUACACAGGCAGGAAACGUUUUCGCUCGAAACGGAAAGAUCGAUCGUGUAAGAGAUUUUAUGGGGAAAACGGAGAGUGGGAGGGAGAGUGAAAGAGGUAGGAAAGAUGAAAAACACGGUGAAAAGGAAGCUAAACGUUUCAGGACUAUUUAAAACGGUGAAGUGAAUUUGUACUAAUUUAUCGAAAGAGACUUGAGAAACUGUUCGAACGGGCUAGAUCCGUUUCAGUGAUCUAUAAAAACGUGACAGAAGAUAAAAAAAAAAAAAAAAAAAAGAAAAAGAAAAAAAAAGGAGAGAAGAUAAAUUAACGGACUGACGACACGCAUCAUCGCGUGCCACGAGAAGAGUAUUCGCAAGAUCCUUGAAUUUCUCCGUCAUCCAAGUUUCGUUUUAAUUAUAUUAUAGGAAUCCUGUCAUCGUUUCAUACGUUUUAAUUUCUUCUAUCGAUAAUAGAAAGUUUCGCUACCGGCAGAGAUCGUAAAUUACCUUAACGAUAGCCAAAUUUCCUUGAAAUUUCGUGGCGCGUGAUCGAUGCUCAAUUAGUACGUUGUACCUGGUGGCCGACAUUCGCGCAUAGCGACGAAGAUGAUAAUCCCUUCCGGUUCACGGAAUUGAUCGGAAGACAGGGUCGUCGACCGUCGGUUCACUUCAUGGUAUUUGGUAUGCGUUUAGUACAAAAAUACAUGAGUUUAAUGUAGGUAGGAGGGAAUCCAGUUUUACGAAAGAGAAAACGUGUACGUCGAAUGGAAGUGAAUUGUUAUAUGGCGUGUUAGGAUUUUUGUUUAUCGAGUGAGAAGGCAAACGGAUUACAGAGAAACAAACUUCUGUUAAGUGUGCGUAGCAAUACUAGUAUCGGCGGAUAAUGGAAAAUUGAACGAUAGAAGAGAAGGUAUGCAGAGGAAAAUAAAGAGACGAACGCGAGCGGUGGAAGCUCGGUGCGCCAGUGCUCUCCGCUCUCUUGCCUUUUUCUUUUUCGCUGCAUCUCGAAGAGGAGGAGUGCCGGAAGGAUUAAAAGCGGAAGGAAAGAAAAUGAAAAAGAAGAAACGACGAUGCAGAGAGAUAAAGAUAGAGUGAGAGAGAGAGAGAAAUGGAGAGGGCGGUACAACAAAAGAAUCGAACUCGAGCGAGGACAGAAGGAAAAGAGUACCGACGCCGGAUUUGAGUGGAAAAGGAAUAAGAGACAAAGCGGAUAGAAAGGGAAGAACUACGUGAUGAGAAAAGCGAGAUAGCGACGUGAAAAAAGCGAGAUGAAUCUAAGAGUAAUAAGUUUAUUUUUGAUACCUUGUUGGGGAGAUCUAAGUGAAUCUUUCUUUUUCAAUUUUUUUGUUAGACGUUUUUAAUAACUUAAUGAAUUUUAACGAUAUUAAUAAAAAUAAAAAAAGCGAGGUGCGUCGAAGAAAGUCUGAAAUGUUUUUUAAAUAGAGUUAUAAGGAGAUUAUAAGGAGGAAGGUGGUGUAGAAGAAGCGAAGAAGCGAAGCGGAGUGUUUUUCGUAAAAGAAUAUGUAACUUAAAGAUUUAAAAGAAAGAAGAAAAAAAAAAAGAAGAAAGAAAGGGAUUAAAAGAGAUGGAAGAGAUAAAAUAAAGGAAGGUUUAAAAAGGGCACGGCGCGCAGCUUUUUGCGCUGUGCGCGUCUGUAGCUCAUCAGGGGAGGGGGGGGAUAAAGGAAACUUUAGUCGGAUAAAUUGUAUAAUAUAUUUAAUAUAUUUGGAGAGAACGGCGGCGCCAGGUCCGCUCGGCAAACGAACGUCGUUUCGACGGCGAGCGACAAAGGCGAUCGGGCUCGCAGUUUUAUGUGACGCGAUUUUCGUCGUUGUCGCUUCCUGGAAAUGCUUUCUCGCCCGCAGGCCUUCGCUUCCGUACUUAUUUAUGAAACGUAAAUAUUUAAAGAGACGAGAGUGAUUAACGUUUUGUAAA